UUCCUGUAAUACAAAAACAAAUUCACGAAAGUCUAACAAUCACCUAAACCGAUACAGUUACAAUGAAUUUUUAGAUUGUGGAAAUGUCGUGGAAAGUUCCAUUAUUGACUUCAGUGAGGGUUUUCUCACGCUUCUACUCCUGCCUCUUAGUACAUUAGACAUUUCGCUUUUUAUUUACCGUUUAGCGAAGUUCAUUAUUAUCUAUUAUUCACAUCAAUAGCUAACAAUAGACAACUUGGAAUGAUAUUUAUUUAGCGUCUUCAAAGUUGCAGGAAUCGCUUUGCAAUAGAUCUAUUCAUUCUCUUCCCGUGAAAUAUGGGUUUAUUUCAGUCCAAGUUCGAACCUAUAGUUGAUAAAAGGCGGAAACGAAUUCUUCCUUUAUUUCGUGCAAAUCACAGCCAACAUCGUCCAUUGGACGAAGAAGGAUAUAUGAAUUGUCUUCCAUUAUUGCUGUACGGAUGCAUUUUUUCUGAUUGCGACCAAAAAGAUAUCAUAACUCUCUUUGAGAACACUUCCGUGUAUCUCGAAAAGCAAACACACAAGAAUUUGGACACAUAUGAAUUGGAUACCUUAGUUUACAAAUCACAUAUUGGUUUUCCGCAAUUUGUAGAGGGAUUUGUUUUGUUUUACGAAGAUCGGCUCGUGUACGAUGGUGGUUACAGUAUAUACGACUUAACGCGUAAAACCUUUGAAGCUGAUCCAGAAUAUGUUUUUGGUCUUUGUUAUGAAGGUUGUGUUCCACUUGCAUACCUAGGCAUUGGUUUAGAAUUGGAUAUGCAGGAAACGAUCAUCGAUGCGUUUGCAGCAGCUGCAUGCUUUUCCCCUCCUAUAUCCGAAUCUGCUCCUCCAAAAGAACCUGCCUCAUUUUGUGAAAUAGUACAAGAUGGUGGUCUAUCAGUAGAGGAGUUUCUGCAGUACUUGGAAAAGACUGACUUUCAAUCUGGUCAACCUCCUAAGCCCCUCGCUCUUACAUCGAUAAAUUUACAAAAAGCUUUUAGAGAGUUGGUGGAAAGAGAUUUUUUACGAUUCUACACUGCUUACCUUGCUGCGACUGCUAUUCGCCUUUUGGAUGAAAGACCUGAAGGAUCUUUCCAAAAUAUUCUCUCUCCCCUUUCUUCUCAGUUUUUACUUUCUUUUCAUCAGACCCCUUCCUUUUUCCAGACUCCAAUAGUCUUGUCUUGGAGGUCCAUGGCUGCUCUGCCAUCCGCCUCUAAAACUACAUAAUUAACAAUGCCAAGGACUAUGAUCUUUUGGUAAAUUCAUUCACAUCAUCAGUUCCAAAUUUAGAUAUAUAUUUGCAAUCCUAAUUAUAUUUUGUUUCAUUUCUUUAUACCAUAUGCUUCCUUAACAUCUUUAAUAUCUUAAUAUUCAUCCCAAA